GAGAAAAGCACCGCGAACGGCUGACGGGAAUCUCCGAACUCCGCCGCCGCCGCCGCCGCCUCCGCCAUUGUCCUAUCCUCCCAAACCCUCCUCAGCUCCGGCCGCCGCAUCCCUCUCUUGAGCCCAUUCAUUCGUCCUCCCGCCGCCGUCGCCUCCCGCCUCCCGAGCAAUGGGCGGCGGCAACGGAAGGCGGCGCCGCUGGAUUCCCUCCUUCGGCCGCUCCUCCUCCUCCGCCAGCAACUCCUCCGCCGCGAAGGACCCGCCGCCGCGGGAGUUCCUGUGCCCCGUCACCGGGUCCCUCAUGGCGGACCCCGUGGUCGUCUCGUCGGGCCAGACCUUCGAGCGGGUCUGCGCCGAGGUGUGCCGGGACCUGGGGUUCGCGCCCGCCCUGGACGACGGCGCCCGGCCCGACUUCGCCGCGCUCAUCGAGAACCAAGCCCUCAAGAGGGCGAUCCUCAACUGGUGCGACAAAUCGGGGUCCCCGCCCCCGCGGCCGCCGGACUACGGCUCCGUCGAGAGCGCCGUGCGGUCCAAGAUCGCCGCCGAGGACGCGGAGAAGGUGGGGCCGAUCCCCGUGAUUAGGGAUUCGGAGAAGGAGCUGCUGAGGGGAGUCGCGGAGAACCCGCCGAUGAUAUACUCGCACGCGGUGAGCGCGGUCGGUCCCCGCGUCAACCACUUCUACUCGAGCUCGUCGGAGGAAUCCGUGGUGCUCCCGGCGACCCCGGAGACGCCGUUGCCGCUGACCACGAGGCCCUCCUGCUUCUCGCCGUGGAGCUCGUCGGAGAUCGUGGAGGGCGAGACCUCGGGCUCGGCUCCUAAUCCGGAGGAGGAGAACCUGCUGGCGAAGCUGGAGAGCGCCGAGCUUCUGGACCAGGAGCAGGGCUUGCUCUUGCUGCGGAAGAUCACGAGGACGAAGGAGGAGAGCAGGAUUUCCCUGUGCACGCCGAGGAUGAUCGCCGCGCUCAAGCCGCUCCUGGCCGCGCGGCACGACGCGGUGCAGGUAAAUGCCGUUGCUUCGCUGGUCAAUUUGUCGCUGGGGAAUGGGAACAAGGUGAAAAUAGUGAGGUCCGGCGUCGUGCCCCCGUUGAUCGAUGUGUUGAAGGGAGGUUGUGUCGAAGCGCAAGAGCAUGCUGCGGGCGCAUUGUUUAGCUUAGCUUUGGAGGAUGAUAAUAAGAUGGCGAUUGGAGUCUUAGGUGCUUUGCCGCCUCUUUUACACGCGCUUAGAUCGGAGAGCGAGCGCACGAGGCAUGAUUCGGCGCUUGCUCUGUAUAAUCUGACUCUGGUGCAGACCAAUAGGAUCAAACUGGUGAAGCUUAAUGCGGUGUCGGCUCUGUUGGGGAUGCUGAAAUCUAGGAACUUGGCCAACCGGGUAUUGCUCAUUCUGUGCAAUCUGGCUGCCUGCGUGGAAGGAAGGUCGGCCAUGCUUGACGCCAAUGCGGUGGCGAUUCUAGUUGAGCUUCUUAGAAGGAAGGAGGUGGGGUCUGAGGCAACCAGAGAGAAUUGCGUGGCAGCACUCUAUGCAAUGAGUCACGGGAGUAUGAGGUUUAAAGGGUUGGCGAGGGAUGCAAAAGCGGUGGAGGCCUUGAGGGAGGUCGAGGAGAAGGGGACUGAUCGAGCAAGAGAGAAGGCUAGGAGGUUGAUGGAAAUCAUGAGGGGAAGAGAGCAAGACGAGGAAGAGGAUCCUGACGGGUUGGUGCCCUCGGAAUCAGGCGGAUUUACCAGGACUCGAUACCGAUUGGGCGGCUUCGGGUCUGAUGGGAGGAAUUUGUACGGUGCAAACACUGCUGAUUUCUAACCAUUCAUUGCGUCGGUUUCCUUUCCCAAUUCAGGCAUUGUGUAUCUGGUAAGAUUAAGUGGCGGUUGACAGAUUGAGUCUUCAACUGCUGGUGGAAGGAAGGGAAACUUAGUGUUUUUGUUCAUUAAAGCUAAGUUACUAAUUUGCGGAGUGAAAAUGGGUGCCUGACAUUCCACCGAAGAUACCUUGAGGAGGGAAUUUCAGUCUGUUGCCGAAUUUUCGGUCGCUCUGGUUAGGCGAGUUUGUGCAUAUGUAGGUGUGCAUAUUACUUUACCAGCGAGAGAGUGAGUGAUGCUAUUGCUGUGUUGUGUUUUCUACAUCUCUCUUUUGCCACUUCUUUGGCUCAUUUUUUCUGAGUUCUGUAUUCUGGAUGGGGUAUAUAAUUGAUUUUUGGAAGGGCCAUUGGCAAUAAACUAGAUUAGACU